UGCGUGAACAUACACAAAGUCAUGGACCUCAACACCCUCCGUAGUCAUCAUCAUUGAUCAUAUAUAAGAGUGGAAGAGUAAGAAGAAGUAGAGAGAGAGGUACUGAACUGGAAAUUAUCCAAAAAUGGACAAUGUCUGGAUUUUGGGUUUGUUGGGAUUUCUGUUGUCUUUCAUACUUCUCUGUAGGAGUUUGAAGGACAAAAUCAGCAGAUCAAGAUACAGAUGCCCACUUCCUUUGGGUACUUUUGGAUGGCCUCUCAUCGGUGAAACCUUUGAGUUCAUCUCUUGUGCCUACUCAGACCGCCCUGAAAGCUUUAUGGACAAGCGUCGACUCAUGUAUGGAAAGGUAUUCAAAUCACACAUCUUUGGUAAUCCAACAAUCAUAUCAACAGAUGCAGAGAUUAGUAAGUUUGUUCUGCAGAGUGAUGCAAAGGCUUUUGUGCCAUCUUACCCAAGGUCACUGACUGAGUUGAUGGGUAAGUCAUCCAUUUUGCUCAUCAAUGGAAGCUUACAAAGGAGAGUCCAUGGACUCAUUGGAGCCUUCUUCAAAUCACCUCACCUCAAAGCUCAGAUUACGCAAGACAUGCAGAAGUACGUGCAAGCAUCCAUGGCUACUUGGAAAGACAAUCAGCUCAUCUACAUCCAAGAUGAAACAAAAAAUAUUGCAUUUCAAGUACUGGUGAAGGCAUUGAUUAGUUUAGAUCCAGGUGAAGAAAUAGAGUUCUUAAAGAAAAGUUUUCAAGAAUUCAUUGCAGGUCUUAUUUCCUUGCCGGUAAAGAUACCAGGAAGUCAGCUUUACAGAUCAUUACAGGCAAAGAAGAGAAUGGUGAAGUUGGUUCAUGAAAUUAUCCAAGACAGAAGGAAGAGAAGCAACCCAAGUGUUCCAAAAGAUGUGAUUGAUGUAUUGCUCAGUGACCCAAGUGAGCAAUUAACGGAUGAAUUAAUAUCAGACAACAUGAUUGAUUUGAUGAUACCAGGGGAGGAUUCAGUACCCCUCCUUAUGACUCUUGCUAUAAAGUAUCUCAGUGAUUCUCCAAUAGCUCUUCAUCAAUUGAUGGAGGAAAACAUGAAGUUGAAAAGACUAAAAGCUAAACUUGGAGAACCUUUAUGUUGGAAUGACUACAUGACUUUACCAUUUACACAAAAUGUAAUAACAGAGACCUUAAGGAUGGGAAACAUAAUCAUAGGAGUAAUGCGUAAGGCCAUGAAAGAUGUGGAGAUUAAAGGGUAUUUGAUACCAAAGGGAUGGUGUGUCUUCACAUACUUUAGAUCAGUUCAUCUUGAUGAACAACAUUACGAUUGGCCUUACCAAUUCAAUCCAUGGAGAUGGCAAGACAGAGACGUGGGUUCUUGUAACUUCACCCCCUUUGGAGGUGGACAGCGGCUUUGUCCUGGACUUGACCUGGCCAGGCUGGAAGCUUCCAUUUUCCUCCACCACUUUGUGACUCAAUUCAGGUGGGUGGCCGAGGAUGAUUCAGUUAUCAACUUCCCCACGAUAAGAUUGAAAAAAAGAAUGCCAGUGUGGGUCAAAAGGAGAUAAAAGAGGAGGGCCCUUUAGUUUUUGUCCCCUUCUCAAGAGAAUGUGAGGGGACAAUCAAACGAAACAAUCUUUAAAAAAAAGUCUCAAAACCUAAUAAGGAGGGCAAAGAAAAGUUUGGUUCAUUGCACACGUGUGGAAGGCAACCAUAGCCUGACACAAAUUGUCUUCUUCUUCUAUAUAAAGACAAGAGAAUUGGAGAUACAUAUAUAUAUCCUCUAGGGUCAAAAGCAUCUCUUUCUUUUGCUAAUUCCUUUUCCCCCCCUUUCACCAUCUUUGUCUACUUUCUACAAGGGUCUUUGUACAAAUUCCAUAAAGGUGAUUAAGAGGUUUACCUUAUUAGGUUGUGGCCCUGACCCGGGCCCCCAAGGGAUGGGGGAGCACAUACCAUAAUUUGUGUUAAAUCAGCAUUAGGGUUCCAAUCAGCACUGUAAAUUUUUAAUGGAAGUUAAGCUAUUUUGUUUUAGUGGGGAAAAGGAGAAAUGAUUUCAAAGUUUGCAGCUUCUACUGUCUCA